AUUUCAUUCCAGUUUAUUUAUCAUAUGAACUUGAAUCACUUGUUCACUACUAUUCAAUGUUUCAUUAACGUGAAAUUUGUACCAGGUGGUCAAGUUCAUCGAGUUUAUCUCCAGAACAUAUUGGUUUAAGAUUACUUUUUCAAGUAUAUAGAAAAUAAAAGCAGUUAUGUGCGGAAAAUCAUUGGCAGCGUAUGCUUAGUGAAGUUUCAUAUUUAGCUGCAGUUGACAUGAUGGUUGAUUUGGAGAACUGGCUAAAAGCAGAUAGGGAGGCCGCACUGAAAGUUGCGUUAGAUUCUUUGGGAAGAACGAAGAAAGAACUCGUAGAAUAUGUUGGGAUAUUGAAGGAUUGGUUGAAAUCACAACCACACCUACCUGAGCUUCCUGGUGAGUACUUUCUUCCCCUACCAAAGAGGACAAUUGAGGAAGAGAGAAUAACAUUUGUAAAAGUAAUAGAUACAAGCAACAACGACUUUUAUUCUUGGAUGGGGUAUUGUUUCAACGUUUUGGAAGUCAGGAUAAAUGAAGAUAUUUGUACCACGGAUAUUAUUAUUAGCGACAUGCAGAAGAUGAAAAGUCUACAGCAGCAGAAUAAAACAGUUUCAUUUCGUGAAUUGUCCUCCAUUUGCAUACAGGAUAUUAAAUUUGCUCAAAUCACUUGUGAAGAUAAAGCUUGCUUCUAGG